UCGCUCGGUUAACCAGUGCGCUGGCUAGACGCGCUCAGAUAUACUGAGUGAGCCCCGAGAAGCAGUCUCAGAUCCUGACGGUGCAGCAACCCGCAGCCUCAGCCAGGGAGUCCCAGCCGCUUUCAAUGGAGGAGAAGCCCGGCCAGCCACAGCCUCAGCACCAUCACAGCCACCACCAUCCGCACCAUCACCCCCAGCAGCAGCAGCAGCAGCAGCAGCAGCCGCAUCACCACCACCAUUAUUAUUUCUACAACCACAGCCACAACCACCAUCACCACCACCAUCACCAGCAGCCUCACCAAUACCUGCAGCAUGGAGCCGAGGGCAGCCCCAAGGCCCAGCCGAAGGCGCUGAAACAUGAGCAGAAACACGCCCUCCAGCAGCACCAGGAAACGCCGAAGAAGAAAACAGGCUAUGGUGAACUAAAUGGUAAUGCUGGAGAAAGAGAAAUAUCUUUAAAGAGCCUGGGUUCUGAUGAAGCUACCAGCCCUAUUUCCAGGGUCCUCAAUGGCAACCAACAAGUUGUAGACACUAAUCUGAAGCAGACUGUAAAGGCCAGCACCUUUGGGAAAGCAGGAAUUAAAACCAGGAAUUUCAUGCAGAAAAACAGUAUGGACAAAAAGAAUGGGAAAUCUUAUGAAAAUAAAUCUGGAGAGAACCAGUCUGUAGACAAGACUGAUACAGUAGCAAUUCCAAAUGGUGUUGUAACAAAUAAUUCUGGUUAUAUUACUAAUGGUUAUAUGGGCAAAGGAGCAGAUAACGAUGGUAGUGGAUCUGAGAGCGGAUAUACCACUCCUAAAAAAAGGAAAGCUAGGCGCAAUAGUGCCAAGGGUUGUGAAAACCUUAAUUUAGUUCAGGACAAAAUAAUGCAACAAGAGACCAGUGUCCCAUCCUUAAAACAGGGACUUGAAACUUUCAAGCCUGACUACAGUGAACAAAAGGGAAAUCGAGUAGAUGGUUCGAAGCCCAUUUGGAAGUAUGAAACUGGGCCUGGAGGAACAAAUCGAGGAAAACCUGCUGUGGGUGAUACGCUGCGGAAAGGCUCUGAUAUUAAACCUGGUGUGAGCAGCAAAAAGUUUGAUGAUCGGCCCAAAGGAAAGCAUGCUUCUGCUGUUACCUCCAAAGAGGACUCGUGGACCCUAUUUAAACCACCCCCAGUUUUUCCAGUGGACAAUAGCAGCGCUAAAAUAGUUCCUAAAAUAAGUUAUGCAAGCAAAGUUAAGGAAAACCUCAACAAAACUGUACAGAAUUCUUCCGUGUCGUCAUCUUCAUCUUCAUCCUCUUCAUCAUCUACUGGGGAAACUCAGACCCAAUCUUCAAGUCGGUUAUCCCAGGUCCCUAUGUCAGCGCUGAAAUCUGUUACUUCGGCCAACUUUUCUAAUGGGCCUGUUUUAGCAGGGACUGAUGCAAGUGUGUAUUCUCCAGGGGGUCAGCCACUGCUAACUACUGCUGCUAAUACUCUAACACCCAUCUCUUCUGGGACUGAUUCAGUUCUCCAGGACAUGAGUCUGACUUCAGCAGCUGUUGAACAAAUUAAAUCUAGCCUUUUUAUCUAUCCUUCAAAUAUGCAAACUGUGCUGUUGAGCACAGCACAAGUGGAUCUGCCCUCUCAAACAGAUCAGCAAAACCUGGGGGAUAUCUUCCAGAAUCAGUGGGGUUUAUCAUUUAUAAAUGAGCCCAGUGCUGGCCCUGAGACUGUUAUUGGGAAGUCAUCAGAUCAUAAAGUGAUGGAGGUGACAUUUCAAGGGGAAUAUCCUGCCACUUUGGUUUCACAGGGUGCUGAAAUAAUCCCCUCAGGAACUGAGCAUCCUGUGUUUCCCAAGGCUUAUGAGCUGGAAAAACGGACUAGUCCUCAAGUUCUGGGUAGCAUUCUAAAAUCUGGGACUACUAGUGAGAGUGGAGCCUUAUCCUUGGAACCCAGUCAUAUAGGUGACCUGCAAAAAGCAGACACCAGUAGUCAAGGUGCUUUAGUGUUUCUCUCAAAGGACUACGAGAUAGAAAAUCAAAAUCCUCUGGCGUCUCCUACGAACACUUUGUUAGGCUCCGCCAAAGAACAGAGAUACCAGAGAGGCCUAGAAAGAAAUGAUAGCUGGGGUUCUUUUGACCUGAGGGCUGCUAUUGUAUAUCACACUAAAGUAGUCCCACCUUAUCCGUGGUUUUGCUUUCCGCGGUUUCAGUUCCCCACGGUCACUGUGGUCUGGAAGCAGAUGAUCCUUCUGAAUCGUCAGAAGGUCAGUAGUAGCCUAAUGCUACGUCACAAUGCCCAUUGUCAUUCAUCUCACUUCAUCUCAUCACUAGGCAUCUAUUCAUCUCAGAUCAUCACAAGAAAAAUGAAAUGGAAUCUGUUUGGAAUUUGCAGAAGCAAGAUCCCAAAAGGAUAAUCACUUACAAUGAAGCCAUGGAUAGUCCAGAUCAAUGAAGGACCAGACUGCCUAUUUGUAACCUUUCUGCAGCAUUAGAGCCACCGUUCAUGGGGGACACAAGGCUUUUAUGCUCCUAGAUCUUCAACGCAGCAGAGGAACCAUAAGUAGAAUCACAGGAUAAUAUAUACAAAUAUAUAUAUAUACAUAUAUAUAUAUAGUUAUUUAAAAAAAAAAAAAGGCAACUGAAAGUAAUUAGACUUCUUAAGGAAUCAAAUUUAUUUCAAGAGACUACACAAGGUUAUUUAAUCUCCGGUACUGAAUAGUUUUUUGUUUUUUUUUUUUUUGUUUUUUUCUUCUGUUAGUUUUUGUUUUUAAGUGUGAAUGCAAGUGAUUAAUGAAUACAGACUUAUUAACAAGCGUGGUUCUAAAGUUCCUGCUGUCAUCAACUUGGGCAACAAAUGACCCACUGGAAAGGCAAAUCCACUUAAAAGAUCUCUGUAUCUUGUUCUGUGACUAAAGUGAUACACUAAUCACGGGGAACCCAGAAUGAUUCACCAUUUUACCCCACUCCUCCCUUAAUCUUUUGGUUAUACUUUGAGCCCUGCGAGAAUGCUGGAUAAAAAUGCCUUGAAGUUUGCAGGGGUGUAUUUUUUUCUUUUUUUCUUUUCUUUUUUUUUUUUUUUUUUAGCGAAUAUGAUUUGCAUGUCUUGCCAGGAGUUGAACAGCUUCUAUGGGGAUGUUGGGGAAAUAUUUUCUUUUCCUUUUAUUUUUUGUGGGGUGGGAAUAGGGGAGGGCAUUGAAGUUCUAUAAUUCUGGAAUAGUUGGUGGUACACAGUUCACUUGGCUUUGGUUACAUAUUGGACUUCAACAAGUGAAGAACCCAUGAGUGUCAUUUAAGGAAAAGUUACAGAGCAAACAAUUGGCUUUAGAUAUUUAAUAUGAGAAAAUAUUCCUUUGCCCAUAUUUUAAUGUAAUUGUGUAAGUGGGAGCAAAAAUAUAUUCUGCUUUUCAACUGUAGGUGCUCCAGACUUGCUCUCUGUCACUAACACUAAAUGUACUGUUUUCCUUGUUUUUCAUUGAACAUCUAAAGAGAAACUUCUGUACCUUUCUGUAAAUUCUCUUUUAAUUUCUCAGAAAUAUCUAAAAGGGGAAGAAAAAUUUCCAUGAAAAUUAUAAAACUUUUCAUGUUUUUAGCCAGUGAGGAGGUAAUAAACCCUGCCUAUAGAAGGUGUUUUCAUGCAAACUAUACUUUUGAGCUUAUUAGCUUCUAAUUAUAUCUUAAUAAAUAUAUUUUAUUACUAGAGCAAAAUGGGUUUUUUAAGGAAAAUAAUGUGAAAUUCUGGAAAUUUUCUUUUGGGCAGAGAAGAGCAUUAGCCCUGUCUUAUCAUCACAUUGCCAUCCUGUUGCACUGCAGCUUGUAUAUAGCAUGCUGAAGUAAAUUUUUUUGUGUGUGUGCAGAAACUAAGGGUCCAAUUUAAGAUUGGGUGAUGUUAGUGGCAUAAAAACAAGUUCUCUGGCCUGACAUAGCAUCACAUUACACACACACACAUACACACACACACACACACACAGAAAUUAGUAUAUCCAUGUAUGUCAAAUACAGGUUAAAAUAGCAGGGCAUUUAUAUAGAGAGGUGUAGUCUUCUAAUAAAAGUAGACUGGAUCCCUUUGGGGGAGAAGGUACCUACUUUUGCUCAAACCCUUUGCUUAAGAAAUGUCCAGUUUUGAGCGACUGUAGUAUGGAUGAGUUUUCUUGUUUUGUUGAUUAUUUGAGACUUUUAACAAGUAGUUUGUGAAAGAAGCUGUUGGGCUCAACAUAGAGUAGAGAAAAUAUCUUUAGUCUGGAUUUCUGCCCUGCUUAGAUUUUUAAAAGUAUAAGCAUGGAUUGCCAAUUCCACUUGAUGUAAACAAAACUUUUUAUACAUAAUAUAUAUAUAUAAUAACUUAUUGUAUCAGUCCAGGUUCAGAAACUUGUGGUAGGCCAGUUCCAGAUAGUUUCAUUUCACCUGUAAACUGUAUCACUUUUACUGAUAUUGUAAUUUUCAAAUGUAUAAUAUGUUUACAGAUGUGCCCUGCAUUUAGUCUGCCUUGUUCCUAUUUUGAUUUUUGUUGAGUCUCCUGCCUGCUUGCCAAAAGCUAGGAUGCUUCAGGCCCAUGUACAAUUGAAAGCAGAGGCAUCCUUGAGCUUUAAAGCAUUGAACAAACUGGAAAUUGCAACAUACCACAUACUGAAGUGAAAGAAGUCUGUGUUUUUGUGUUUUUUUUUUUUUUAAAUAAAAAUUUUCAAAAAGUUAAAAAAAAAAAGAAAUAAGGUUGAUUAAAGGACAAAAGGCUCCAGUUUGUUUUAUAGGUUUUAAAGUUCUGCUGUGUGUUCAAUUGCCUUGUGUAACCACUUGUCGCCUUAGGGCCAGAUUCCCCCUGCACCUCCCCCCUUCUUUUUUAAAUGUCCAUUUUGCUUGCCUGGAAUUUAAAAGCUCUUCUGUCUCACAACUCACAAGAAACUUUCUGGGUUUGUGACAUAGAGGUUGAAUGAAUAUAUAUAUUUGAAAAGAAAAAAAAAAACCACCAGCCCCUGUCUGAAUUGAGCUUUUUAAUUGAGAAGCAACGCUUAAAAAAAUACCUUUAGAAUAAUCUCUUGUUGCUUUCCUACUUCCCUUCCAUAUAGCCCUCAGGCCUCCAUGUUUAGAGAAGCCAAAAAGAAUGUAUCCCUUAUCUGUUUGUCCAAAGGUUUUUGAGAGUCUCACUUCUGAAUGAAACAAUGCAACAUUUCACCUUGAUUUUCUCCACUGAAAUUUCCUUAAUUAUAUGGUUAGAGGUAUAUAGUUAGGAAUGUCUCUUUCUGGGAACCCUAGUGCCCCAUCAUAUUAAGUCAGUAUUUUUGGGCAUUGGGUUAAUGGACUUAAUUGCCUAGGUACAAGCAGGACUUUGGGACAAAUCUCCUUUGUGCUGUUUGGUAACACUUGCCGCAAUCUUUCUCCUUAGGUCCUCACACAAUUCCUUACAGAGCACUUAUUAAAAAAAAUCUUAAGAGUUGAUCUGUUUUCUGAUUAUUUUUGUGUAAGCUUCUAAACAAACUUCAGCUGUGAUUAAUUUAGCACAUUUAAAUAACAUUAAUGUGUUAUUGUUUGGUAUAAAGAAUUUUCCUUCAACUCAGAGUAUUAGUACUGUAGCAUAAACCAAAUACAGUCUAGAGGGGAUUUUUAACAUCCCUCCAUUAUAAAGACUGAAAAAGGAGUGUGUGUGUGUGUGUAUGUAGUGUGUGUGUGUGUGUGUGUAUGUGAGGGACAGGGAGAUAGUAAAAUUAGUAAAUGAAUGUGUGUAAGACAUUAGUAUUCAGAGAAUGAACUUGUAUUUAUUUUGUGCCAUUUGUUUUCAUUACACAGAAUAAAAGUCAGGUGGUUUUAAUCCUUAAAAGGGUAGUAUUUGAAAAAUGGCACUAAGAAUGAAAUCAUGACCUAUUUUUUUAAUAGCUAUGAAGAUACUAAUUAUGGGUGAAGAUUUCUUUUUAAAUCUGUCUUGAUUGUAGGCUUCUGUGUCACAUACCACUCUUAUUGUAGAUGUCUAGAAUAAUUCCCCUUCCCCACAAAAGACAGGGUGUAUUUAUCUUUCUCUUUAUUCACCCCCACUUUGCUGAACUGAAGUUAAUUGCAUAGCCUUUCCUGACUUUCUUAGUAAUGAACUUUGACGUAAAGUAUAUUUACAGCAUCUGUAGUUAGCCCCGCCUCCUCCUUUCUGGGAGGGGAUAGACAAUAAUUAGGAAUUUGUUAAUGCCAGUUGUUUUUUCUUCGAAUAAUGGCGGGAGAUGGUAUCUCCAUUUUAGAAUUUUGCUGUUGUUCUUAAUCACCUGCUUAUCUACUCAUUGAGAAUUUGCAAAAACUUUAUAAAGGAAAAAAAGUGCUGCAUUGGUUUUUCAAAUAACAGUUUCUAGGGAAAAUAUUGCAAACCUCAGUUAUGAGUAUUGUCCACAGUACAAAAUGUGUUUCGUCACAAAACAUUACCAUAGCAGUGGUAGAUUCAUACUUGGUUUAGUCUUGUUGCUAACCCAACUGGAGGCCUCUAAUGGUUUAUCUUGAAAACUUUGAAACGCAAAAAGCCAUUUAGUGUGAAAUUUGAUGUCCUAUCCAAUGGCCACAGGCAAGGAAAACUGGAAGAGGACUUGUUUUAAAUUGUUAAGUAAGGAGGGAGUCAUUUUGUCAAGGCUAUUUUCAGAGAAAAAGGUUUGAAAGUCCCAUUUCCAAGGAUUAGGAGUAUAGUUACACCACUGGGCCAUAUCCUUGAUACAUGAUCCUUGUGUACCUAUGCUAACUGCAAAAUAGACUAGUAGAACAGGUACAUAUUAGGGACAGCUUUUAUAAUCAGGUCUGUUACAUGACGAUGUUGUACUAGUUGACUUAGAUUCUGACUGGCAGUGUCCAUUGAUAAUCCAGAACUGAACUGCUUCAUUUUGAAAGGCGUAAGAUUUGCUCAUCUUUUCCUCCCCAAAGUAUUGAUACUUGUUUAAAAGGGAGGGUCAGAGGACAAAUAUGUAUAAUAGCUGCUCCAAGUUUGCAGAUGCAUAGGUUAUCAUUAGUUCUUAAUACUGAUGUUAUUUUUAUUAAUGUGAUUAAUCAGCAGAGCGCCAGGAUUAUUUUAUGGUGAGAAAGAUGGGCUUAUGCUUUGAGUAUCUUAAAAUGUUCUUUUUAAAUACACUUAAAAAUCUUUUCAGAUACGUGAGAGCCAGGACCACCCUGGGUUGGUUUAAAGAAUGAUAAAUCAUUGGCUCCCCUCAAGUGCACUGCUUUACUGAGUUUUAAAUUAAAUUUCACACUGUUUUGCCACUCAAUAAGAAUAAAUAGAAUUUUAAGUUGUCUGGGUAAUAGAAACACCCAGUGAAGCAUGAAUGGUAUGUUGCUUUUGCAUUACUGGGAGUGUCAAAUGGCAGUUAUGGGCAAGAAACCUAUGGAACAGCCAUCCUCACGUGUUGGGAUUGCUGAUUCAGACUUCCCUAUUUACCCAUAAAAUUUUGCUUUUGUCCAGAGUUCUAAAGCCAUUUUAUAAUACUGCAGUAUCCCUUUUCUAUAGCCUUACUAAAAUAGCUACAAACAUAUUCCAGUUUAUUUUCACUUUCAUUGUAUAUCAAAGUUUAUACAGACCAAGAAACCAACUUGAGGUAAAUUACAUAGCUUUCCAUAUACCCUUUUUUUUCCUCAGGUGCUAAACAAAGGCUCCCAAAAAAUGGAUACUGCUUUAGUAAUGUCUUUUAUUCUUAAACAUUUCUUUUGCUAGAUGUAAAGAUUUGGUGUUAAAAAUGGUUUUAAUAUGUAAAUAUGAGUGAAUGCCUUUAGUUUGCCCCUGUUUGUCUAUUAUUAGUCUAUUUCAUUUAUCCUCUCUAGAGGAGGAUCCUUUCAUAAUCUUGAAUACAUUUCAUUAGGAGUUGUUGCAUUUCUUAGAGUGAAAAUACAACUGUUUUCUGUCUUGGAUUAAUCCUGCUGCUGCUAUGAGAAACUGAAAAUCAAGAAUGUGAUGCACUUUUUACAUUACUAUAUACCAUACCUUUAUAAGUUGCUUUGAAUACCUUUCCUGUAGCACAGCCACUAACAAAAGUGAAUGAAUUGAAAUUUUUUCUUCAGGAGGGAAUCAGUACAAAUAAACUAUUUAUGGUAUUGGCCUGUGAAGGGCAAUAACUUAGGAAAAUAAAAAUUGUUAGUAUUACACUUUUUGGCCUUAAAAUGUCUUCUACUACUGAAAAUCUUUUAAAUCUUAGUUUUGUUUCUCUUAUUCCCUCUCUCUGCCUCAAAAAGAGGGUUUGGGAAGAACGGUUUAAAGGAAGUAUCAUUGGUUUGUUGCUGAUUUAUCUUGUAGAAAGAAAAACAAUUGUCUACUAUAUAAGCUGGGGAGUUUUUGUUUGUAUACAGAGGGGAAAUAAUGCCAUCCAGAGCCAAUCAGAUUUAGUGUAAUCAAAUUAAUCAAAACUCAACUAUUCUGCUUCUCCUAGUAUGUUUUUACUUAGCAAAGAUAACUUGAGUAGGAAUGCUACUUGACAAGAGGAAAAGUCAUUUCUCAAGCACAUACCCAAACUUGAAGGAGACUUAACCCAAAAUAAUGGAGGAGAAAACACCAAAUGGGGUGGAGGAAUAUGAGAAAGAUAAGUGGUCCAAAGCUAUCUGGUUAUAUUUUGAUGUUGCCAAUAUUACCAAGCCAAAUUUUUAAUUUGCUUAUUUAAUAUGUUUGUUGGCCAGAGAUCUAUUUUUAUAUCAAUGUGCCUUGCAUGUAUAUUUUAAAAAGUUUGGAAAGGCCAUGUAGUAAUGCUUGAGAUAGUUGAUGGUUCUUAACCACCUCACUAAUUUUUAUGCAGUAUGAAAUGCUCAUUCUAUCGCCCAACUGGUGCUCUCUGUUUAAAGUUAUAGAUCUUGUCACAAACUGGAACUAUUUUAUAAACUGGGGAAGUGAUUUAAUUUACUUUUUUUGUUGUUUCUUUUUUUGUUCUUAAUCUGUUAGUGGCUGUUCUGUAGUGGGAAAUAGUAAAAGGAUUCUUCACUCCCGUUCCCUACCCCCUCAGCACCUUCUUCAAGUAAUGUGAUGACACCAUUUCUUGUGUGCUUUGAAAAAAGUUUCAGCUUGCUGUCUCCUUUAGUGUUAUUAAAAAAAAGUGUUACAAAAAGCAUUGUUUGCAAAAUCUAGGGAGAUAACGGAGUCCACUUUAAUUUGGAAUUCUUUGUGAGCUAUUAUCCAAGUUACUGGCUCUUUCCAACUAAAAAUUUUUAUUGUUAAAGCACCUUGGCUUAGAAAAUUUUAAGUAUAUAUGUCUGCAACAAUUGUCUCAAAAUAAUGAACUGUGCAAUUCUUGUCAUUUUAAAAAAAAAAAAAAAAAAAAAAAAAGAUCUGAACUCUCCCUAAUGUGACUUGUUAGUUUCUCUGUAUUUCCUGCCAGUGUAAAUGUGAAAAGCUUUGCUUGCAUUACGUUUUAGAAAUGCAUUUUGCACACUCGAAUUUUGCUGAAGCUCCAUGAAAAGGUUAGAUCUUAGAUGAAUAAAGCUAUGCACAUGUUUUGAAAGUUUAAUUUGUGUGUCAUUACCAAAAGUGACCUAUCCUUAUUACCUUGCUGUUCUUAGCUUUACCAUCAUUAGAAACGCGGCUCAAAGUAAUAGUUCUGGGCUAGCUCAUCAGUAGAAUUAGAAGAGCGGAAAACUGGCACCUAAUUUAAUAACCUUCAGUUUAAAUGAGAGCUGGACUUGUAUCUACUAAAGGGCUUUUCUUGAAACAGGGCAGUUUUAUCAGCUUUACAAACUUUUGGAUGCUCUUACUUCCUCAUGGAAACUUUGGUUUAUUUGAUCAAAUAGAAAUGGGAGGUAACUCAAAUAGGAGGGGAGGACCUUUGCCACAUGGAGUUCUUUGACAAUUCUGUGUCUUAAGCCUGGUUUGAAGGUAGGAUAACCAUUUUCCCUUUAUUGCUUUAAUAUAUGUUUGGUUUUUCUGAAUGAAUGACUUAAGAUUAGAAUCAUUCAGCUGUUUAAAUAUCAAAGCACAGGUUGUUUUAAAGAUAAUGUGUAUCUUUUAAAAAUUGCCCAAGCUGAUUAGAAUAACGUUUAGAAACUGGGCGAAUUUGGUUAAACUGCUGCAGUCUGCAUGUACUAAAUAGCUUUACUUCACAUGGAUGUGUACUUUUAACGAUUGUGUAGAUGUACUGGCCAGGUUUGUCAAAUCUUUUAAAAGAUUGUUUUGUAAUCUCCUUAGAACUUUUAUAGAAGAGGCUAAAUAAGUAGAAGAUGAUAAUGGUAUUUUCCCCAUGCUCCUACAUAUAAAAGAAAUAUUUCUGAUUUGUACUUUUUUUUCCCUAUGUUGAAAGGAGGGUUACUUCUCUAUCAUCAAGUGUGCUCUUGAAGUAUGUUGUUGACUUUGAAAAGAGCAAAACCCUUCCUUCUGAAAGUGACAGUCAAAAACUAAAUCUAUUAGUCAAGAUUGGUAAUGUAGUCCAUCGUGCCUGGCCUUAAAAGGCAGAAAUGAGGGAGUGUAGCAUCAUCUUAGAUGGCCGUGGCUGGUGGGGCUAUUCCUCAGCAUCUGUCAUAGUUCACUUAUGUUUAGUCUUAGAGCAUGUUGAAGGAGUGAAGUAAUUUCUGUGUCUUGUGUGCACCAGCACUUAGGAGUUGUGUUACCUCUUCUUAAUCUGCGGAAAGGAUAAUUAGUGGACUACAAUUAUGUUGGAGGAUGUUUUUCCUUCCCUCUCCCAAUUAAAAAAAAUUUUUUUUUCAGUGUUUGUUUUGCCCAGUCAGAAAGAUAGGCCUUUUCUAGAUAAAAGAACAAUGGCCAGAAAUUUACCCUUUUGCUAAUGCUUAGGUAUUUGCCAUAGCUGUUUCUGAUGUCCUGGGUUCUGAGGAAGCGUCAGUUACACGAUGAUCUUCCUUUAUUGAUGUCUUACUCCAUGUUCAGUGUUUUAAAAAUAAUAUAAAUUACAAACACUCUACAUCCAUACCCAGAUUUACUUAUUUUAUCAGAAAAAAACCUUGAGAAAUUUGUAGAUCAAAUUAAGAGACAAUUAAGUGUACAUUGUUGAAUAAAAAAUUUUAAAGUUUC